AUGCCUCCCAAGGCGCGCGGCGGCGGCAAGAAGGGGCCGCCGCCGCCGCCUUACACCGAGGCGGACGUAGCAGAGUUCAGGGCCGUCACGGGGUGCGAUAGCGAUGCGGCCGCGAAGAGGUCGCUCGCCAGCACCCGUGGCAAUCUUAGCGAGGCCGUGCUACGUUACCUCGACGUUCACGCCGCGGUCCCAAAGCCAACCCACGGCGACGACAAAGCCGAGACCGUCGCGCGUCGUCAGGCUAACCUGCACGAAGCCAAGCGUCCGAGGGUCGAAGCCGCCGAAGGGACAGGCGCCGACGGGACAGCCUCCGCCCCUUUCGCCUUCGACCUCUCGGGUUUGGUGGGCACCCCGCGUCCCGACGAACACGGCUGGGUCACGUCGAUGACCCAGGAGCUGGAGGCCGAGGCGGAGACCGUGGACGCGACCGUGGGGUGGGCGCGAACGAUCGAGGCCCUCGAGGCCGCCGCCGACGGCCGACGCCGCUUCGAGGACGCCUCGUUCCCGCCCGACGCGUCCAGCAUAGACGGCGGGCGCGCGGACAAGGAGUCGGAGAGCGUCCCGUGCUGCCGCUGCGGCGCGAGGGCCAAAAUCAAGUCGGUGCACAAGGACGGUCCCAAUCACGGCAGAUGGUUCUACGCGUGCGGGAACCAACCGGCGAACGCGUGGGCCGCGAGGGCGAUGGCCGCGAAGCGGGUGCCGACGCCGACGUGUGGAUUUUUCAAGUGGGCCGAUGACGCCCCUUCUUCCGAGUCGUCGAAAGCCAUGCGCUGGCGACGUUUCGAACCCCCGCGGUUCAGGCUCACGAGGGGCACCGCGUCCGGCGCCCCCAAGUUCGCCCCGUCCGACGUGCGCCAGGGCGCGGUCGGGGAUUGCUGGCUGCUGUCGGCGCUCGCCGUCGUGGCCGAGCGGCAGGAUCUGGUGGCGCGGGUGGUCGGACCCGCGGCGAAGUGCCCGGCGGCAACGCGACGCGGCGCGUUCUUAAUGCGCCUGUUCCUCGCCGGAAGAUGGCGCGGGGUGGCGGUGGACCCGUGUUUGCCCGUGAGCGGAAGGUCCACCAAGGUUCUCGCCGGCGCCAAUAAGGUGGGCGCCAGGUCAAACGACGAGUACGCCCUCGCGUAUUCUCGCGCGGCGGAUAACCAGCUGUGGGUCCCGUUGGUCGAGAAGGCGUACGCCAAGAGUCACGGGAGCUACCACGCCAUCAGCGGCGGGUGGAUCGCGGAGGGCCUGUUGGACCUCACCGGUUGUCCGACGGAGACGAUCCGUUUAGACGCGUCAGGUUUCAAAUCGGAAGAGGCGUGGCGCAAGCUUCUCUCCUACGCCGCGGCUAAAUUUCCGAUGGGCUGCGCGACCCAGGGCGACCCCUCGCACAGGGAAGUCGGUCUGGUCGGUAACCACGCGUACUCGGUGAUGGAGGUGAGGGAACUGCACGGCGCCUCGGUGGGGCGGCAGACGAAGCUGACGUCGUUCGUCGCGAAGGAAAGGGUCGAGGACGUCGACGCGGCGGCGGGGGGCGGCGGACCUCCGCUUCGUUUGCUUCGAAUCAGGAACCCGUGGGGAAGGAAAGAGUGGAGCGGGGAAUGGGGAGCCGGGAGCGAGGUGUGGACGUCAAAGCUGGGCGCGGAGCUGGGCCACACUCGCGUCGACGACGGGACGUUCUGGAUGAGCUGGCACGACUUUCUGUGCAGAUUCACCGUGGUUGACGUGUGCAAGGCGCACGAGGGUUGGCACGCGAUUUCAGUCCAGGCGGUUUCCGCGGAGAACGACCCCGCCUUCGAGGUGGAGGUGGCGCCCGACCGAGGCGCGUCGUCGUCGUCGUCGUGGGCGUACGCCAUGUCGCUCCAGCCCAACAAGAGGGGGCUUUGUUCCGAACGUUUUUGGUACGCGGAUGUCGGCAUCGCGGUGUAUCGAAAGGGCGAGUCCAAAACCCAGGGGCCGACGUGGACGCCGGUGACUGGUCGGCUGGGAGCGAGGGAACGCGUCGCGCAGGUGGAGCUCAUGUUCGAGGUUGGGGUGACGUACCUCGUCAGGUUCUUCUCCUUCACCGGUUUUAAGGCUGGACCGCCUCCGAUCCUGCGCCUGUACAGCGCGAGGCCCCUGAGGGUUCGCCCGAUGAGGACACCAAACUUGAUACCAAACUUGGCACCCGCGCUUCACUCGAUGCUGCUACCGUCGUCGUCGCCGGCGCCGAACGUUCAGGAAGGCACCCGCAGAGGUGGAUCGAGCGACUCCGACAUCAAGCGUCGACUGUUGCCCCUGUGCGGCGGCGCGCUCGUCGUGUGCCGGUGUCGAGGCGGGGCGUUCGUGUUGGGAGUCAGCGCGUCGCCGCGAGGAUCGCCACCGCUGCGGGUGUGGCUGAGGAUACGAUCCGGCCGCGUCGGCGGGAUGAGCGCGCUGCAUCAACACCCGCCGCCGCCCGCGCCCGGCACCGUGCACGAGGGGCCGAUUCCUGGCGCUUCGUUGCACGAGAUACCCGCGGGCAGGUGCCGAGUGUUGGCGCUGGCGCUCGCCCUCAGCCCGUCGGACACGUGCUCGCACGCGCUCGAAAUCGCGACGGAACAGGUUUGCGACUGCCGCGCAAAGUUGAAAGGGAUCGGUGACCGUCGCGCGGGGGCCGGCGAUGAAGACGAGGUGGCGGUGGUGGAUUUGGACGAGACGGAGACGGAGACGGAGGAGGAGGAGGAGGAGGAGACGGAUGCGGGGGAGGAAGAGAAGGAGGAGGAGGGCGACGACGAGGUUGAGAUCAUCGGCGAGGUAAAGCCGAAACCGAAGGAGGACGCGUCGACGCUUUUCGAGGAGCUCGGACUCCCGCCGCCGCCGCCCGGCGCGACGGACGAGGCGAUCGCGAGGAUGCUGGCGGAUGCACUCGCCGUCGCGGCGGCGCGUGGCGCGCGCGAUGAACGCCGCGGCGAGGACGACUCUCCCGACGAUUCAUCCGACGGGGACGUGGAGGUUGUCGGAGAGGUGGCGUCGACGGCUUCCGAGCGGAGGCAAAAGAAGCGGGCGGAGGAGCUGGCCAGACCCGCGACUGCGCCGCCCGCGAGGCUGGCGCAGGUGUUCGCGCACCUUCCCGUUCCCGAGGCGUUCAGACGGGAGGUGUCGGCGAUGAGGGGCUCGCGCUGCUCGGGCGGCGCACAAACUUAG